GUGCUUUGCAGCUGCUCUCAGAGCUGUCUGCGUGGACCUUGGAGCCAAACCGUAUCGUGUAUAACGCAGCCCUCUCCGCGCUGAGCCAAGCCUUCCACUGGUCCAAGGCCAUCAGGUGGCUGAAUGGUGCCAGCGAGGUCAGUAUUUCCUUGGCAUGCUCCGCCUUGGGGCAAGCUGAGCGCUGGAGCCCCUCACUCGCACUGCUGAACCAGUUGCCGCAGAAGAGGUUAGAGAUGAACACAAUCAUUGGCAACAGUUGCUUGUCAUCGCUCAGCUCCUGGACAUGGCGUUGGUCUUGUAGCAAGGUCUUGGUUCAAAUCAAGCAAAGGAACAUCAGAGUGGACACGGUCACGCAGAAUGCCCUUCUCUCGUGGAAGUGGGGUGAGUGGACAUGUGCGAUCAAAUUUCUGCAGCAGAUGAUGCAACAAGAUGUUCCAGCAGACCAGUGCUCCUGGAAUGCCUUGCUUAGCCUUUUUGAUAAAGCUCUCCAGUGA